CUAUUUUUUUUUGCUAAAGCCCUAACGAACCGCGAUCGCUAGCAACUUUUCUCGGUGCCAAACUCCAAACCCCAGACCCUCCUCUCCUCUCCUCUCCUCUCCAUGGGCAGAACGCUCGACGCCGCCGUCGCCGUGGUGGAGACAAUGCAAUCUUCUCGUCUCGACGAAGGAGAAAAAGACCUCGCAAAGAAAUCCAAGACGAAGAAUAAGAGAGAAAAGAGCAAAGUUAAAGAAUCCAAUAGCAGAGCCCUCCGUGAGGAUGAAAUCGCUGCCGUGGAUUCCCCUGCAAAUGGGCACAAUGAAUCCGUGAAGAAUAAGAAGAAGAAGAAAAGAAAGGCAGGCGAUGUCGAGAUCGAGUUCGACCCUCCGCAGGAGGCAGAGCAAGAUGCACAAGUGGAGAAGAUUAACAAGGUUAAGAAGAAGAGGGAGAGUGAGAAAGGUGCUCAUUUUCGGGUUGAGACGGCGUCAAAGGUGAAUAAGGAGAGGAAGCAAGUCGAAGAGGAGGGCGGAAAGAAGGGUGUGGAGGUGGAGCAGGGACCGAGAGUAUCUGGAUCCGCGAUUGUUUCUGGAAACAACACUUCAGGUGCCAAGUACAAGGCUCUCAGCUCAUUCUCCGAGACUGGGCUCCCGGCACAAGUCCUUGAUUGCUGCAAAAGCUUCAGCAAGCCUUCGCCUAUUCAAUCACAUUCAUGGCCUUUCCUCUUAGAUGGUCGUGACUUGAUUGGUAUCGCUGCCACUGGAUCCGGAAAGACACUGGCAUUUGGUGUACCAGCAUUAAUGCAUAUUCUACGGAUCAAGAAUGGGAAAGAAUCCAAAAGGACAGUUCCUCGUUGCCUUGUCUUGUCUCCUACAAGGGAGCUAGCUCAACAAAUUUCAGAUGUUUUAAGUGAUGCUGGGACUCCUUCAGGCACGAAGUCAGUUUGUUUGUAUGGUGGAACUUCUAAGGGACCACAAAUUGCCUCUCUAAAAUCUGGAGUUGAUAUUGUUAUUGGUACUCCUGGUCGUAUGAAAGAUCUAAUUGAAAUGGGCAUUUGCCAACUCAAGGAAGUAACUUUUGUGGUUCUUGAUGAAGCAGAUAGAAUGCUUGACAUGGGUUUUGAACCAGAAGUCCGCUCGAUAUUAAGUCAAACAUCAUCAACAAGGCAGAUGGUGAUGUUUAGUGCAACAUGGCCUUUUGCUGUUCACCAGUUAGCCAAAGAGUUCAUGGAUCCAAACCCUGUGAAGGUUGUUGUGGGAUCUGAGGAUCUCUCGGCUAAUCAUGAUGUAAUGCAGAUAGUAGAGGUCUUGGAUGAUCAUUCACGGGAUUCUCGCUUGGUUUCCUUGCUAGAAAAAUACCACCAAUCACAACGCAAUCGGGUCUUGGUUUUUGUCUUGUACAAGAAAGAAGCUGCUCGCGUUGAGAAUAUGCUCCAAAAUAAAGGAUGGAAGGUUGUUUCAGUACAUGGAGACAAAGCUCAGCAUGAUAGAACAAAAUCAUUAUGUUUAUUUAAGGAAGGGACAUGCCCUUUAAUGAUUGCUACAGAUGUAGCUUCCCGAGGAUUGGAUAUUCCUGAUGUGGAAGUAGUUAUCAAUUACAGCUUUCCUCUAACCACUGAGGAUUAUGUCCAUAGGAUAGGUAGGACAGGCCGUGCGGGUAAAAAGGGAGUUGCACAUACCUUUUUCACCAAGGAAAAUAAGGGCCUUGCUGGAGAACUUGUUAAUGUCCUUCGAGAAGCCGGGCAGACUGUUCCUGUAGCCCUUACCAACUUUGGUACACAUGUGAAGAAAAAGGAAUCGAAGCUUUAUGGGGCACACUUCAAGGAAAUCACAGCUGAUGCUCCCAAGUCGACUAAAAUUACAUUCUCAAACUCAGAUGAUGAAGAUUGACGAUAAAGCUAGCAAGAUGGACAGAUUGAUAGUUGACCAGCAUUCAUCCACCUUGUAUUACUGGUGAUAAUUUAUGAUUAGAGAUUCUAUUUAAUUCCCAAACCUCAAGUGUAGCAUAUUAAAGGAGAAGCAAUUAAUGCUCAGUAUGAGCAGGGCAAUUAUUUGAAGAAACUGGGUUUGCAGAUUGGAUGCUGCAUAAGCAAUUUGUGCAGGUCAAGCACACUUAACAUAUGGAUCUCAAUGUUCUUUGCCCCUUGGUGCUGAUGAUACACAUUGAAGGAUGGAUUUUACCCGACAUGUUAGCAAUUUUUGUUUCUAUAUUUUUCAUUUUAAUAUCUUGGAAUUUUGGCAAAUUUGAAAUAAUUUGUUUUGAAACAGCUGUAGUUUGUCAUGUUGAGUUUUGUUUUGAUCCA